AUGCGUGGAUUCUCCAGCUAUGGGUUGCUCUCGCGCAAAAUGAGGCGAGGGUGCCGACGCUCCGGCAGGGCCAUCGACUCCGAAACUCCGCCCCUCGAGAAUUUUCGAAGAUACGAAAUCUGGAUCCUGAAAACGAGUGGAACCGACGAUAACAAGACAUGCCCUGUCCCACUUCCCGAAAAAUAUGUGGCCCAAUGUCAUCUACCGGACAUAACCGGUGUCUAUGUCCAUGGCCGAUCUACGGCUGACCUGACGCAGUGUUUGAGCUUGUUUGCUUAUCUGUCUCUGCCGAAAUCGACAUGA